AUGCCUGUGUUUAAAAACCUAGUCGAGCUCUUCUCUAACUUGUCACCGCGACGCAAACGCGAGACCGAAGAUCAACGAUCUGCUGCUCGACGGGCUCAACCACCGCCCUCGACCCCUCCUCGUUCUCGACCAGCUGGAUCUAGUCGCAAUCCUUUUACCCUGGUAUCUGACGAAACCAACCUGACUGGAACUACCUCUCCCCAAAACGCUGGGAUCGCUCCUUUUCAAACUGUGUGUAUCUUCCCGUAUUUCCAUGCGCGUCCCGCCGAUAUUUGCUUUUGGCCGUCCAUAUUCCUUUUUGAUAACUCGACCCUCCACAAUCUCCUCGUCUUGCGCACUUAUCUCUCCGGCUCUGCCUGGUUUCUUGCUGCAAGCUACCGUCAGACUGGUCAUAGUUAUGUCGAUACUUUUUCGUCCCCAACCGGAUCUACAACCGCAGACGAACCAUUGCGCACGCGUUUCUCCCACCCUUCUCUAAAUCCCAAUACCCGGUUAGACAUGUCCCAUCGGAACCCACAGCCUUUCCCUGCCGGCAGGCAAAAGCUGAUACCCUCACCCAUUCCCAGGCCGGGUGAUUCGUCGCAGAUGUUGAACAAGGACCAACAGAAGGAUUCCCAGAAUCGGCAAGAUGAGGCUCGUUUGCUCGGAGCCAGAUAUCGUGACUCUAACGCUGUCAAGAUACAGCCCGGAGUUAAUUCUAGGAACAAGAAGCCAGGGGUAAAUGCCAGCCUUUACCUCCGUGACUAUGACAUCCCAUCUGAUCCUCGGUCACAGUCUAGCUUCGCGUUCUCCCCCCGGGACAAAAUUUCACAAAAUCAGAAUGCCCGAAGCAGCGGGCCGGUCCGUUCUUACGGAGAAUCAAAUCAACAAAUUUCACGGAGAAAGUCUCCCCAAUUUGAGCAUGAGUUCGAAGAGUCGAGUCGGCCAACCAAGAUGCGGCGCCAGAGUGAAACCAGCGAUGCCAUUGAGCUUACGGCCCCAGCAACUUCAGCUAUGAAUCGGUUGGGACAGGGACCCACGUCCCCCCUCUACCACCCAAACGCAACUCGUCGCAACCGACAUGAAGGUUUCAGGGACGCGGAGAAUGGCGUCAAAGUAGCCGAGAGCUCUAUUCGUCCUCAUCAUGGCCAAUUAUCUUCUGCUCACUCUCAGGAUGAAAGGUUUACCGAAACAGCAGCGCAGCAACGGCGAAAUCAGGCGAGAUCUACGGAUCUCCGACUGUCUCAUGUCAAUAGCAAAUCAAACCAGACUAAUGAGGCCGUUGUCAUUGGAAGCAUUGAGGCUGGACCAAAGAGAGCUGGUCGGAAUCGCAUUGCAGCUCCUUCGACGAACUCCCAUCGUUCUGUCAACAACAGGGAAAGUCCAGAUGAGCUUCAGGGCGACAUCACCACACAUCCAGUACUGCGAUCCUUCUCAGGAACACAACUCCAAUCCACUCGCCCAUCCAAACCCGGAAUUCGCACAGAAACACCGACUCGAAAACGCUCCCCGUCCGAUACCCGACUUCCAGACUCGCCGCCACCACCGGUCACCAAAAAGGCCAAGAUCUCUCAAAAGAACUCUGAUAAGAAACAUCUAGCGCGAUAUUUCCGAAUCGGCACCUUGGGCAAAUCUUGCGAUAUGAGGCAAUUCGUCCCAAUUUAUUCCAACAAGGAAGGUCUUGAACUUCGUGAGGAUGCACUCGGCGAGGUUAACACGAUAUCGAUACUUUUCCGGCAAAUUCAUCAGAUUAUCACCGGCGAACCGCCCAGCCGGAAAGUGAGAAUCAAAAUGUCGCAAGGUUCCAUCCAAGAGGACGACCAGCUCGAUCUUGAGUUUUGGACCACCGAAGAAAAGCUCAAGUUCCUGGAAGUGUUGCAACAAGCCAAUCAUAUUAAACUACAGCGUCAUACCAAGGAGAUGAAAUGGAUGGACAAGGCAUUUUUGAAAUAUGAAAAGCAAUUCCCACAGGAGAAAAAGCUGCCCAAGAAGCGGGUUCUUGAUGAUGACUUGGUGGAAGCUCGCGAUCCUGCGCACUCUCCUCCUCCCUCACGACGGCCCAAACUUUCAAAAUCCUUGAGAGAUGACCAUGGUGAAGUCAACAGUGUCAAUUCACUUGAGAUCAAAUGUGCUGCUCAGGAAACCGGAAGAGAUGGAAACGGCAAUGUCAAUUCUCGAACGUCUGCCAAAGAGCAACAGAAUUCCCGACAUCUUGAUGCCCAUACUGGAGUUGAUGUUCGACCUACCGUCAACCCACUGGAACGCGAGACCCGAUCUUCUACCCGCCGUCUCGCUAACAAGCCCGGCGCGUCGAAUGGAGAGAUUACAUCUGAAGCAAACUCGAACUCACUUCACAGGGAUGAUUCUUUCAGGCACAAUUGGAAGAAACCGUUGGUGUAUCCGCGAAAUGGAAAGAAGAAGGCCGAAGUCACACUUGGCGAUCGUGAACGGUUACUUAGGGACGACUUCCUGAACGAUAACCUGAUCGCUCUCUACAUGCGUUUCCUCCAGGAUCAUCUCGAACGCACCAACCCAGAGGCUGCCAAGCGGGUCUACUUCUUCAACACCUACUUCUUUGCGACUCUCACGAACACCCCACGGGGCCACCGUGGGAUCAACUACGGUGGUGUAGAGAAGUGGACUCGGAACGUCGAUCUCUUCAGUUAUGAUUAUAUCGUCGUUCCGAUUAACGAGAAUGCGCAUUGGUACGUUGCGAUCAUUUGCAACUUGCCAAGUUUGUCUCUUGGUUCUGCCGACGCCGUAGAGCCGGUUCAAACACCGACUCUGCAGAAAGAAUCAUCCAAUGCAUCUGAGAGUGAGAUCCAGGAAAUUGAAGAGACCCCUGAGCCGGAACCAAAGUCAAAGUCAGAGCUCAGCGCUUCUAACAAAGCCAGUCAACCCCGUGAGAUUCGGAAUGAACCUGAGAUCAGGGGUGACUUCAUUUCUCUGCAGAUUGAGGGAGAUGAACAUGCGAUUCAGGGUGCGAAGAACCCGCUUCCACCCCCAAAUCUCUCCAAAUUCGCAGCCCAAAAGCUCGCCCAAGACCAGGCCGCGGCUUCGCAACCGACAAACAAAUCAAAGAAGAAACGAACCGGGUUGAAGUUGGAUCCCAACCAAACAACCAUCAUCACAUUUGACUCCCUCGACAUGCCUCGCUCCCCAACCAUCAGAAUACUACGCGAGUACAUCUGCCGCGAAGCUGUGUCUAAACGCGGCGUGGAACUGGAAUCGAACGAUGUCAAGGGCAUGCGAGCUCGCGAUAUCCCCCUUCAGCCCAAUUUCUGGGACUGCGGUCUUUACCUGCUAGCAUACUUGGAGAAGUUUGUUCAAAGCCCUGAUUGGUUCAUCACGAAGGUGCUACAGCGGAGUAUGAGUUCUAAGGAUGACUGGCCUCCACUAGGCUCAGGUCUCCUGCGGUACCGUCUUGGCAAGUUCCUGGACGAGCUGUACGAGGAACAGCGACAAGCCGAUGAGCCUGUCAUGGCAGCUAGACAACCCGUUUCAUUCCUGCUUGGCCCGCCCCUUCCUUGUCAGGAGGAAAUUCCAAGUGUUGAUGUGGUACCUGAGUCUCAGCAUGAGACGGAUCGUUCAAAGCACCCUGCGAAGACUGCCAAUUCAGGGACUGAAGACUCGAGUGAAGACUCAACCGCGGACCAGAUGCAUCUCUUACCUACCGAAAACCCCCCGGAAUCAAACAACCCGAAACCAAACAAAGCAUUCUCCAACCCACCUGCAGACGCAAAGUCGCAAAAUGAUCAUGUUGCCCCACCAAAGCAGGAACCCGUUAUCCAAGUACCCGGUAGCCAGGAAGAGCCCGAAGUGCCAGGCACACCGCCCCUUACAAGAAAAGAACGAAAGAAACAAAGCCCACGAGGCCCUUCGCGAAAGAGAUGA